GAGAAGCCGCUGUGGAAACCUAUCCACUCUAAUGGAUAACCAAGGAGGCCAGGCCGAGUCUGAACUCAACUCGGACUGGUCGGAGUUGACUCACGAGUGCCUCACCAAUGUUCUAUCCCGACUCACCCUCCACGACCGAUGGACUGGACCCAUGCUCGUCUGCAAGUCCUGGCUCCACGCCUGCAAAGACCCUUCUCUCUUCUCCACCCUCGAUCUCGAAGUCCACUUCGACUCCCCCACCGAGUCCGCUCGCUGGUGGACUCCUGAGUUUGAGCGGAAGAUCAACGCCAUGCUCCAAUCCAUUGCUGAUUGGAGCGGUGGGUCGCUCACCAAAAUUCGUGUCAGACACUGCUCUGAUCGGUCGCUCUCUUUCGCCGCUGACAGGUGCUCGAAUCUUGAGGUUCUUUCAAUCAAGAGCUGUCCAAAUGUUACUGAUGCAUCAAUGGCUAGAGUAGCUUUUCGAUGCCUCAAGCUCAGGGAAGUUGACAUUAGCUACUGCUAUGAAAUUUCUCAUGAAUCCCUGAUUCUGCUAGGAAGGAAUUGCCCUAAUCUCAAAAUUCUGAAGCGGAACCUGAUGAACUGGCUGGAUCCCUCCCAACACAUAGGAAUUGUCCCUAACGAAUAUCUAAAUGCUUGUCCUCAAGAUGGGGACUCUGAAGCUGCUGCUAUUGGCAAAACUAUGCCUCAUUUAGAGCACCUUGAACUUCGGUUCUCCAAGAUAUCAGCUAAAGGCCUUGCUUUGAUCUGUGAUGGGUGUCUGAACCUCGAGUACUUGGAUCUUUCUGGUUGUGCAAACCUGACAAGUCGAGACAUUGCCAAUGCUACAUCCAAUCUGAAGAACUUGAAGAAGAUUGAGAAGCCAAAUUUCUACAUCCCGAGGUCAGUCUUUCAUGCUGAGAGGUAUGGCCAUUGGCGGUUGUACGAUGAUCGAUUCCAAACAGAUACUUUCCGAAUUUGAUCAGGCUAGGUAUUUCAAUUCAUCAACUGUAUGGUAGUCAGUGUCUUAUUGCUCUAUAAAGGGGGUUGAUUUGCAAAUUUACUUCUAUAGUUCAUAGGCUUGUCCAAUGCUACUGGUACUCCUGCUUCUGCUCUGUUUGAUUAUGCUGUGUAUUGUGUAUUGCUUUGCUGUAACAAGAAUCUUCCCGUGUUUGUUGGUAUGAUAUAUUAAUGUUUAUUA